AUGGCGGCAUUGCAUAAUGAUAUUGGAGAAAAAAGUAGAGAAGUGCUAGCUGCUCAGGCACACAUAUGGAACCACACAUACAACUUCAUCAACUCCUUAUCUCUCAAAUGUGCAAUUCAACUUGGAAUUCCCGAUAUAAUCCACACUCACGGCCAACCAAUGACCCUCUCUCACUUGGUGGAUGCCCUCCCCAUCAACAAUAACGCUAAAACCCAGGAUUGUGUUUAUCGUCUCAUGCGUAUUCUAAUCCAUGCAGGCUUCUUUACUCAAGAAGACGAGGGUUAUUUACUUACUCCGACUUCAUGUCUCCUCCUUAACGACGAGCCUUUGAGCUUAGUCCCCUUUGUGCAAAUAGCACUAGAUCCAAUUUCAAUGGAUCCGUUUCACUAUCUCAGCCAGUGGCUCCACAAUGGGGACUCUAAUACUCCAUUUGCGACUGCUCACGGCAAGCCCCUCUUUGAAUAUGCCGAGAAGGAACCAAAAAUUAACCAUCUUUUUAAUGAAGCCAUGGCUAAUGAUUCCCGAUUGAUCAUGAGUGUGGUGAUUGAAAAUUGUAAGGGAAUUUUUAAAGGAUUGAGAUCAGUGGUGGACGUCGGAGGCGGCACUGGAACCGUGGCUAAAGCUAUUGCCAAUGCACUUCCUGAAAUAAAUUGCAUUGUCUUCGAUCUGCCGCAGGUAAUUCAAGGAUGUGAUGCGAACAAGAACCCGAGCUAUGUGGGAGGAGACAUGUUUAAGUCCAUUCCUUCUGCCGAUGCAAUUCUACUAAAGUGGAUAUUACAUGACUGGGGCGACGAAGAGUGUAUCCAAAUAUUGAAGAAAUGUAAAGAAGCAAUUCCAAAUAAGGAGAAUAAUGGAGGAAAGGUCAUCAUCAUUGACAUGGUAAUAUUGGAUAACCAGAAAGGAGACGACAAGUCAUAUGAAACUCAACUUUUCUAUGACAUGGCCAUGAUGGCUCUCACUCCCGGGAAGGAAAGAAGUCAGCAAGAUUGGGCAAAACUCUUCUCUGGUGCUGGUUUUAGUGACUACAACAUUAUUCCUAUACUGGGAUUAAGAUCUAUUAUUGAGGUUUACCCUUAAUCUACAUAAUUGGCCAAAUUAAAUAAUACAGCCAAUGAGUGAUGCAUAUAUUUUGGAAUUUGGAAGUCAACAAUAAGAUCAUAUGCCGCUAAUGAUAAUAAAGACAGUACUCUAGUGAAUGUUCCUCGUUCCCGUUUUUUGUGUUAUUAUAUUGGAAAUAUUAUUCUUCAUUACGCUAUAUGUGUUAAUAGAAGAACCUCUUGUGUGUUAUAUUUCAUUACUCCAAAUAAGAUGACUUCUUCGAAACAAGUCAGUUAUUUAAUCAAUAUUUCCUAGUGAUUUUCAAAGUUCUGAUAUAUACUUACUUUAGAAUUUUAAUCAUUAUUUUAACAUCUCACGCAAAAGGAGAUUAGCGAUGGCUUUCAAUCAGUGGAAAAUAUCGCCAUAGCUAUGAAUUUAGCUACGGAUCCAAGGCUGUCAUUUAGCAGUGGAAAAUAUCCGUCGAUUAUAGAUGAUCGUGCAAUAUAUUUUCCUUUUCAAAUUUUUAUCCAGCUAGUAAAUACUAAAUAUAGGACAACUUUUAACAAGUCUU